AUGGUUACAGUCGCCUUUCUACCUGCUGCGCGCGAGCGGUGUUGUCUGGACAUCGACUCGCUCAUCCGCACGCUUCCUGCGUCGAUUCGCGUCACUCGACACGUGGAUGCAGCCACCGACGCGCUGGUGUGGCUUCCCAACAUCGCGCAGGGCAACACGGCGCCCGAAGUCGCAGCGCUGCUCGAGGGGAGUAAUGUCAAGUGGGUGCAGCUGCCCAUGACGGGGGUCGAUGACUACACGCCCAUCAUCCGAGCCACGCGCGGUAAGAUCCAUUGGUCGUGUGCCAAACCCCCGCCCGAUACGACGCGCGUCGAUACCCUGCAUGGUAAACAGGUGGUCAUGGUGGGCAACGGCACUAUCGCCACGGCACUCGUCAAGAUGCUCCCGCCUCUAGGAUGUGUGGUCUCGCCGCACGAUUCUGCUUCGACUCCAGAGUGGGAAAAGGCAGACAUUGUGGUGCUCGCGUGUCCGCUCACGGCCACGACGAUGCAUCUGUGCAACAGCGCCAUGUUGAGGCAGCUGCGCCCCGGUGCUCUGUUGGUCAAUGUGGCGAGGGGAGAGGUGGUGCAUACGCCUGCACUCAUCAGCGCCAUCCGAGCAGGAUUAAAGGCUGCCGUGGAUGUGCUGGACGAGUCCCAACUCGACGCGGAACAGAAGGAGGAGAUGCAGAAGCUUGUGCGCGAGGGAAGACUGCUUGUCACGCCGCACUCGGCUGUACCCAUGCGUAUCGUCCCGCAGGUGCUUGGCGAGAGGAUCAGGCAGAAUCUCGUCCGCAUCGAACAGGGAACUUGGGACGAUUGCAUUGGCACCGUCGAUCCGGACAAGGGCUACUAG